GACGCAGGCGGAACUGGGGAGGAGAGAGAGGGAGCAAACGAUUACCACGUGACGUUCGCGAUCAGGUGGUUGGGCCUGCCUCCGCGCAGGAGCUGUGAUUGGCUGACUCUAAUAAGAACGACGCCACUAGGGGCGGGCCGAAGAGGGGCGCAAGCGCACUGCGUUGCGAGUCUCGGGACCCCUCUCGGAGAGACUAUGGCGCUCAACAAGAAUCACUCGGAGGGUGGCGGAGUGAUCGUCAACAACACCGAGAGCAUCCUGAUGUCCUAUGAUCAUGUGGAACUUACAUUCAAUGACAUGAAGAACGUGCCAGAGGCCUUCAAAGGGACCAAGAAAGGCACCGUCUACCUUACCCCGUACCGGGUCAUCUUUCUGUCCAAGGGGAAGGAUGCCAUGCAGUCCUUCAUGAUGCCAUUUUAUCUGAUGAAGGACUGUGAGAUUAAGCAGCCUGUGUUCGGUGCAAACUACAUCAAGGGAACAGUGAAGGCUGAAGCAGGAGGUGGCUGGGAAGGCGCUGCUUCCUACAAGUUGACCUUCACAGCAGGGGGCGCCAUUGAGUUUGGACAACGGAUGCUCCAGGUGGCAUCUCAAGCCUCCAGAGGUGAAGCCCCCAAUGGAGCCUAUGGCUACUCUUACAUGCCCAGCGGGGCCUAUGUCUUUCCCCCACCAGUCGCCAAUGGAAUGUACCCCUGCCCUCCUGGCUACCCCUAUCCACCGCCCCCACCCGAGUUCUAUCCAGGACCUCCCAUGAUGGACGGGGCCAUGGGCUACGUGCAGCCCCCGCCACCGCCCUAUCCUGGGCCCAUGGAGCCUCCAGUCAGUGGUCCGGAUGUCCCCUCCACUCCCGCAGGUGAGCCGAAGCCAAGGCCGCGGAAGCAGCUGCCAGCGCCUAUUACAACCCGGGCAACCCACACAAUGUCUACAUGCCCACGAACCAGCCUCCGCCACCUCCCUACUAUCCCCCGGAAGAUAAGAAGACCCAGUAGACCCCCUCCUCCUCCCUCCCUCCUGCCCUCACGCUCCUUCCUACCCCUCCCCUUGGGCUGUGGCUGCGGCUGGGGGAGGUGAGGGAAGGCCUUGUUCUUCCUCCAGGUCUGACCAUAAACAGUUACCAGGAACUAGCCUUGCAGGAUGGAGGGGCCCCCGGCCUCUGGAGAGGCGCUGCCCAACUUCCCACACCAGCUCGGAGCCCACAGCGCUGCUCAGCGCACGUCCCUCCCCAUCUCUGGGGCUCUCCUCAGGAACACGGGUGUCCCCUUGUUCCUGUUUCUCUCUUGUAGCUUCUCCCCACAAGGGACUCUCUGGCCACCUCCUCCACUGCGGUCCAGCUCCCUCAGUCUGGUAGCCACUCUACGCUCGGCCUCAUGAACCCAGCAGACCAGCCAGGUGUCUUCCCUGUGGGCCCCUGCCAGGCCUGUUCACAUUCCCUCUUCUGGUCAGUUCCUAGCGGCAGGAGGCCACUGUCCUGCAGGCUGUCAGCCCACAUUCCACUCAGCCAGGUUCCAUCCCCAGCCGAGCUCGCCCUCCCUGCCCUGGGUCGUGCUGUUGCCACUUGGAGUGACUGUGGGAGCUUUAACGUGAGCUUCCAGGGGUUGGGUGGCAUCGGGGCAAGGCCGCUGUGUCGGGGGAGGAAGCCCCCUCGCUUCUCUGCAAGUGUUUCUGGAGUUUGCUUUCCCUCUCCUCUGUCUUGCUUCUAGAAGGGGCUUCUCGACUGGAACUGGCGGAUGCAUGUCCGUCCCAUCGAUGCCGUCGGGGCUGCUGGGUGGACUGGGGGCGGGGCCCGUGACCCUGCGUGCUGACGUGACCUGCGCCAGCCCUUCAUCCUGCCUCCCCCUUUGAGCUUCGUGCCCCCUGGAUGCGCUAAACUUUGCUCUUGUUUGCUCCUGGACCGGCUGUGACGUGGGGAGGUGGUUAUUUAAAGAGAAUUCCCUAUUUAUUUGACAAAAAAAAUCCAGUUAAUAUAUUAAUGUGAAAUAAACGUUGUUUGCACCUUGAUUUGUUUGCUGAAAAUGUGAAAUAGUAAAAAUGAAGUAACUGGA